AUGGCGAGGCCGCCACAGUCCGACGGGGGAGCGCGGCGCUGGGAACCUAGCUGGGGUUCCUCCUUGGCCCCGCCUCCUCUAAGCCCAACCCACUUUCGGGCGGGCCCUUCCCCCUCGGCCAAUUCUGGAAGCCGAACCCUGGCGGCCCCUCCCUCUAGUUCUUCCUUCACACACAAACUUGUAAGCCAGGACUGCGCCCUUGCUUCUGUGGAUGGAACCUCGGAACGUCAGUGCUGGACGGCAGCUCUCAGUACCUUCCGGGCAGCCUCUGGCUGUACAGAUGAGGAGACUGAGGACCCAACCGGGGCAGGGACUUGUCCAAGGUCACUCAGCCUGUUGGAGGCCCAGCUGCAUUAUCAGGAGCCCCCCAAGCUUGCCAAAGGUGCAGCCAAGCCCAGCAGCUCGGGCAAGGAUGGUGGAGGCGAGAACGCUGAGGAGGCCCAGGCACAGCCACAGCCCCAGCCCCAGCCCCAGCCUCAGCCUCAGCCGCCGCUGUCCAACAAGCGUCCCAGCAACAGCACACCACCCCCCACACAGCUCAGCAAAAUCAAAUACUCAGGGGGACCCCAGAUCGUCAAGAAGGAGCGACGGCAGAGCUCCUCCCGCUUCAACCUCAGCAAGAACAGGGAGCUGCAGAAGCUCCCUGCCCUGAAAGAUUCGCCCACCCAGGAGCGGGAGGAGCUGUUUAUCCAGAAGCUGCGCCAGUGCUGCGUUCUCUUCGACUUUGUGUCGGACCCACUCAGUGACCUCAAAUUCAAGGAGGUGAAGCGGGCAGGACUGAACGAGAUGGUGGAGUACAUCACCCACAGUCGCGAUGUCGUCACGGAGGCUAUCUACCCAGAGGCCGUCACCAUGUUUUCAGUGAACCUCUUCCGAACGCUGCCACCUUCGUCAAAUCCUACGGGGGCCGAGUUUGACCCCGAGGAGGACGAGCCCACACUAGAAGCCGCCUGGCCACACCUCCAGCUCGUGUAUGAGUUUUUCUUACGUUUCCUCGAGUCUCCUGAUUUUCAGCCAAAUAUAGCCAAGAAGUACAUCGACCAGAAGUUCGUCCUUGCUCUCCUGGACCUGUUCGACAGUGAAGACCCUCGAGAGCGGGACUUUCUCAAGACCAUUCUGCACCGCAUCUAUGGCAAAUUCUUGGGGCUCCGGGCUUACAUCCGCCGUCAGAUCAACCACAUCUUCUAUAGGUUCAUCUACGAGACAGAGCACCACAAUGGGAUAGCUGAGCUACUGGAGAUCCUUGGCAGUAUCAUCAAUGGCUUUGCCCUCCCCCUCAAGGAGGAGCACAAGAUGUUCCUCAUCCGUGUCCUGCUCCCCCUUCACAAGGUUAAGUCGCUGAGUGUGUACCACCCUCAGUUGGCAUACUGUGUGGUCCAGUUCUUGGAGAAGGAGAGCAGUCUGACUGAGCCGGUGAUUGUAGGACUUCUCAAGUUUUGGCCCAAGACCCAUAGUCCCAAGGAGGUGAUGUUCCUGAAUGAGCUGGAGGAGAUCCUGGAUGUCAUCGAGCCCUCGGAGUUCAGCAAGGUGAUGGAGCCGCUCUUCCGCCAGCUUGCCAAGUGUGUCUCCAGCCCGCAUUUCCAGGUGGCAGAGCGCGCCCUCUAUUACUGGAACAAUGAGUACAUCAUGAGCCUGAUAAGUGACAAUGCUGCCCGCGUUCUCCCCAUCAUGUUCCCUGCACUCUAUAGGAACUCCAAGAGCCACUGGAACAAAACAAUCCACGGCCUCAUCUACAACGCCCUGAAGCUGUUCAUGGAAAUGAAUCAGAAGCUGUUUGAUGACUGCACACAACAGUACAAGGCAGAGAAACAGAAGGGCCGGUUCCGAAUGAAGGAAAGAGAAGAGAUGUGGCAGAAGAUCGAGGAGCUGGCUCGGCUCAAUCCCCAGUAUCCCAUGUUCCGAGCGCCUCCACCACUGCCUCCUGUGUACUCCAUGGAGACAGAGACCCCCACGGCAGAAGACAUCCAGCUUCUGAAGAGGACGGUGGAGACAGAGGCUGUGCAGAUGCUAAAGGACAUCAAGAAGGAGAAAGUGCUGCUCCGAAGGAAGUCCGAGCUGCCCCAGGAUGUGUACACCAUCAAGGCACUAGAGGCACACAAGCGUGCAGAAGAAUUCCUGACUGCCAGCCAGGAGGCUCUCUGACACUUUUCACCUCCCACAGGGCCACAGCCCACUCAACAACCCUGGACACCACCCUGGCCCUCCACCCUGUGCUCCCUCCAGCUGACUCGGGGCAAGGCAGCACCUCUAGUUACCCUAGGGGAUGCGGGCACUUGAAGCAGGGAUACCCAGAGUGGGCCUGCUUCUUCCCAAAAUGUGCUCAUGCCUCUGUGUGGCUACUACAGACAGGCUGAGCACCAGUGCUCAGUGCUCGGACAACCUGGGGAUGCCUGUGCCCCUCCUGCUCCUGACCCCACAGCUCCCUGAGGCUGCUCUGAGAAACAGGAAUACACAUGCUCCUCUCCCCUCAUCCUCCUCUGAACUCUACGUGUUACUCUGCCUCUCUCUCCCCUGCAGAGGCAUGUAGGGAGCAGCAGGAGAUUAUUCUCACCAAAGUUAGGCAAGCUCCAUUGUCCCCUGGAGUAAGGAGCUGGAGGGUGCUGACCCUCAGCAGCACAAAUAGACCCCCAGCCCCGGCAGUGUGCAGGCUGAUGGGGCUCAAUUAACACACACACACACACACACACACACACACACACACCCACACACCCCCACACACCCACCCCCUCUGCCUGACACAGCAGAGGUCAAAAGGAGAAAAGUAUAGGCUAUGGACAAUACAGGGCCUAGCUGGCCCAUGGCUAGGGCAGAGGGGAGGGGAUGAUCAGACCCCCUCCCCUCUGCCCCUCCACAGUGAGCAGUGGCCCUGGGAAUCAAACAUGGAUGGGACCACCCUGUGGCUGACUGCUUUCCUGUGCUGUUGGUUCCCAAAGCUAGAAAGAAGGAAGCAGGGAGCAGUGCCCCAAGCAUGGCUCCCGACACCUAUUUAUUUCCUUGUUUAUGCUGACGCUAGGCAGCCCCUCAUGUGUCCCCUUAGACACUUUUAAGAGGGGAAAGGGGCUGAGGAGGGCUGGACCCAGGUCCCAAGGGUACAGGCAGUGAGGCUUUUGGCUGUGUACAUAGGGUGCUUUAUUCUCCAGAAUGAUACAUGCGAUGGGUUGGGCUUGGGCCAAUGUCCCCAUAUGUA